UUUUUUAUCAUAGAAAGAAUUAGGUCGCCCAGGCUACAUGGUUAUGAUUCCUUAUAGCGAAUUUUCAAGGGCAGAAUCAGCACUAACGCCUACAGCGAUGGCAACAAUGUUGUUACGAGCAGUGUGCUCGGAGGAAAUACUGCUCGUCAGUAAUUAUAAAAGCGGAACACCUAAAAAUGCCAAAGAGCCCAACAUCAGGCACAAAGCUCCCGACAAAACGAAAGUUGAGGCAAUCAGAGAAACAGUGAAGCAACGAUUUGGAAAAGAAUUCCGAGAAGGCGAUUUCGGUAGAGCCAUCAAUGUAAAAUGUAACAAGCUUAGGCAACUUCGCCGCGAAGCAGAAGCGAAACGGGGAAAUUCGUAG